UGCAUUGGGCACGGCGGGGACAUUCAAAACAAUGGCAGGCGUAUCGAAUAUAUUUAAACCAACAUUUAACUCUGAAGUAAUGGAAAUCCCGUCCGCUAUUAACAGCGCAGGUAACGUGAUAACGAGGCGCCUGUCGUUUUCUUCGGAAACAGAUUGUCUCACGCUGGAGGAACCAAACAUGACAUGUAAAGUCCUAACGUUACAAAGUGUUCCCGACUACACAAAUUCAUGCGCACCGUCUGCGGAAGUAGCCCAACAACUAUCUACAGCGGCCGUAAACACAUAUUCUAACGCGAAAAGUGAAAUAGAGUUAAAAGAUGCCUCCCCUAACAAUCGACUUAAUUCAAAACAGCAGAGAGUAAACAACUCCGAUGACAAGGAAAACGCCGCUUCACCGUCCACACCAAGCCCUCCUGAUAACAACCAAGAAGAGGAAACUUCUGGUCAGAGCAGUGUGACUGCCUGUCAACAACUCCGUAACACAGAGGACAGCGAUUUGGAGUUGAUGAAAAGUGCGCAGGACGAUGGCUGUGUGAACGUGGUUUUCCCCGGCACUGUAACUCAGGAAGGCUGCUGCCGCUUCGUCAGUGAGAUCCUCAAGUGCAUUCUCUAUCAGAGACAGCAACUGCCCAUGACAUAUGACCAGCUGGUGUACUCCCAGAAGAAACAGCAAGCCUCCAUGCAGGAUGAAGACAUAGUAGGUCGAAGGCAGGUGCAGGCUGCAGACGUGGGCUGGCGCAAGUGUCAGCAGACCCUUCGGGAGCUAGAGGAGGUGCUGCAGCAGCUGGAGGUGCUUUUCUCCCUCAGCAGGGUGCCCCGCGUGCUGCUUCUAAUGGGUGGCUCCAUCAUCCUACCCAAAGAGCUGUAUGAGAUCAACAUGGAGGCCCUGGUGUUUGCUGGUGGAGAUAAAAAUCUACGGGUGUCCGCAUGCUUAAGGCAACUCUUCCGGACUCUGUUUGUGGCCGACCUUUUGUCUGACACCAGACCGGUUCAUUUGAUUCCUACCACCGUCUUGGUACUGGCCCACAGGGACUGCGGCGUAGGGUGGUUCCACCCUAAACUACAAUUUAAAGUGCCAACCCGUGUAAAGAACAAAAUUAUUGCUCUGUCUACUGAUCCCAGCACCUGCAAGGGGCCAAUGGCCCAGGGGUCAGACUGGCAGGAUUAUGUGUGGUUUCAGGCACCCAUGACCAUCAAGGGCUUUGGCAAGUGACAUCAAGAGUUGGGAAGCACAGUCUGAGAUGCGGCUCUCUUUUUUGAGCCGGUUUCCUACAAUUUAAUGUUAUUGGUGAAUAAUGAGUGAAAUGUUUUCUACUUGACACUUAAAAACAAUAGUGUGUUGUGUAGCAGUGAGGUUUAUCAUCCUUUUUAUCCUCCUAAGAAAGAGAGAAUGUGUCAUUAAGAACCUUUGUUGACACAAUUUCUGAGAUAUUUCUGAAGAAUGAUUUGCAGAUAAUUCUAACACUUGCUAAUUGGACAUCAAACAUAAAACACAUACAUUGUGCAAUAUAUUUUUCAAGAACUUAAUGUCUUUUUAAAAAUGUUGUUUUUAAUCUUUUUAAUUUCUUUAAUCUUAUCUUUAGACAAGUGACAGUAUCAUCUGUGUAUGUUUUUACAUUUUAUUGAAAUAUGAAAUAGAGUUAAACAAUGCUGUCAUUUUUGAAGGCAAUCAAGCCAUGAGAUGCAUUGUAGUGUGGAAACGAUCUUAGGAAAAUGGAAGUGCAUUUUAGUCCCAUUUGGUAUGAAUAAACAACUUUUAAAUAACGGCAAACUAAUGAACAGAUGUACCAUUAUCACGUUUGUGUGUAAGCGCAUUAGCAGAGUCAGAACUUCUCCACUUUUUUCACAAACUGGACAAAGUCGUUGGCUAGCAGCUGGGGCUCCUCAAAGGCAGCAAAGUGACCGCCUCGUGGCAUGUAAUUGUAGGACUGGAUGUUUCGAUACCUAAUUUGUGCCCAAGACUUUGGGCAGUGGAACAGCUCGUUGGGGAAGGCAGCAAGUCCAGUGGGUACAAAUAUUCCUGUCCUAAAAAAACAAGAGGAAACCUAAUCAGAGGUAUGACAUGAUAGGAUAAUAAGGUUGUCAAACUUGUAAAACAAAUGAGUUUGGAUAGUAGGGGCAUCUAACUACAUACUUUGCAUCCACUCUGUUGUUUAGAUUUUCCUUAAAGUUCUCUUUGUAGAAGCGCAUGGAGGAGACGAUGGAACCUGUGGUCCAGUAGAUCAUGACGUUUGUCAGGAGGUCAUCCAGGCUGAAUUUCCUGUUUGGAUGCAGACAUUAUUUAAUAAACAGCCAGCAACAAUCCCUUAAACUUUGUUGAAUCUAUCAUACAAUAUGUAUGCCUAAAAAGCUCCACUUAAUUUUGUCUUGUACCUCUCCAGCCCACCGUCCGCUAGAUCUCUGUUCCUGUUAUCAGUCCAGGUGGAGAACUUCUCCAGGAUGUAGGCCGCCAAGCCUACAGGAGAGUCAUUCGCUCCACAGCCUGUUACCACAAAAUAAGAUAUUAAAUAGUUGGUUCAGAUGUAUAGGAGUUAUAUGAGUUACAUAUCCUGAGUCAGUAUAUUCAGAUUUUAAGAAUUGUUCAGCAAAACCUAUUUUAGACCGUAAAAAUACUCUACUCCUUUGACAAAAAAAAGUUAUUUUACCUUAUAGAACAGAGAGGUUGCUGGUGUACCGCUGCCACAAUCGGUUAGUUUGUGGUACUGAGUGACUGGUGUGUUAAAUGAUCAGUUUGGAUUCACCAGGUGAGGUCAAGUAACAGUUUUUGCCAAUGGAGUAUAGUGGCUUAAUGGAGGCAUACACAGUAAGUAACAUUUCUUAA